AUGAUUGAACGAAAUUCAACAAUAAAUGAUCAAUCACCACGAAUACUUCUUUCACCUGUACAAUCAGCACCUGAUCAAACUGGUUUAUUUAUUGCAUUAUUUUUAUUAUUCCUUCUUUUUCUUCUUAUUUCGUAUUUAUUCUAUAGUUUUUUUUCUAUUAAACGUUAUCCUAUUCAACAAAAUAAUCCUCAAACGAAUUUAAUCGAUGAUAGUCUUAAUAAUAAACUUAUUUUUAAUGAUACUGAUGAUCUUAUAGAUAAUAAUGGUGACAUUAUUCUUGGACAUAAAAGUUCAUUUUCCGAUUGUGGAACAUCAAUUCGUUCAUCAUCAAUCCGUUCAAGUAGACAUCAUCCACAAGCAAAACGAAGUAGUUCAUAUAAACUCUGUUCUCAAGCAUCAAAUUAUCUAUUAACACCACGUUUAUCAUCACAAAUAACUGAAACACAUAAUGAUGAAUGUCUAUCAACAACAAUUAUUGUUGAACCAAAUGAUAUUCAAUUAGCUAAUGCAUUAUCACGAUCAAUAUCAAAAUAUUAUGAACGUCAACGGAAACCAAAAUUACAACGACGUACUCAUUCAUGUGAAGAAUUAAUGAUCCAAACGCAAAAUAGAAAUUUACGUCCAUUACAAAUUGCAGCUUCAUUACCAGUACGUCGAAGUUUACGACAACCAUCGGAUGUAAAUCAUCGACAAUCACAAAAGCAGACUUCCCAAACAUCAUUUCGAAAAAAGCCAACUACGAUUUAUGAACUCUAUAAAUCCGAUCGAAUGAGAAUUGCCAAUCUACUUGUUUCAGAUCCGUAA